ACUCCGACGUGUUCGUGUCCUAAUAUGUCUGCUUCAUGUUCCACGGUCGGUGUUCAUGGCUUUGUCGACCCAUCCUUCAGCCUUUCAUUUGCAUUCCCUGAAUUGCAACAGUCGCCGUCCUGACAAUGAACGAGAAGCAUUUCCCAAUUACAAGCCGCCCCGAAAUCUGACGUUACCGACCCGCAACACUUACUUGAGCAUCCUCGUCUCACCCGGAUUCCAACCGUCGAAAUUCGCGAUCCUUGGCUUGCCGAAGCUCCGUGAUUACUUCGGAAGGUUCAAGGGGCUCGGUAGAAUGUAGGAGAGAUACGGAUUGCACAUUUGAGUGAGCUCUAAUUGGCGAGCCGAGAUGUCAGUGACCAUCGAUUGGGAUUAGUCUGUGCAAACAAUGACAUUCGAGUGAGUGGACAUCACCUUAACAUUGAUAUUCCACCGACACCACCGACACCACCAACUCCACCAUGGGUCCCUUUAUGGUCGAGAUCGUGUUUUGCCCCGUGACCCGUAGAGGCCGGAAGAAACGCAAAGGACAGAAUAAAAAUGCCAUCACGGACUCCAGGAAUGAGGGUCCGGCUUUCCGGUUCAUCCCCCAGGAAGACACGCUCAAGGUCACCCUCGACCUCAGUGAGGAUGGCCCCGUGUUCUCGGCCUUGGACGAGAUGAUGAUGAAGAUGCUGGACGAGGACAGCGAAGAUCGGGCCAAGCGUUCCAAAGAGACGGCCGCCGAGGCUAAGACCGCCCUGAAGAACCUCCUCAAAUCCGGCAUCCCCGGGAUCGAGACCAUGUUUGCCGGGCCCUCCGCAGAUGCGUCCGGCCGCAAAAAGACGGCCGGGAAGCUCUCUGGACGGCAGAAAGGCUUCCACAAGAUGACUGAAGGCAGUCGGACCAAGUUCAUGAAGGCCGUGUUUGGCAAAGAGGGGACUUCAAUAGACACAACCACGGCAGCGGCUCUUUUAGCUGCGACCUACUCCGGCGGCGAUCCUCAGAUCGGGGAGAAUAUUGCCCAAUUGUUGGUGCCGGAAAUGGGUGCCAAAGUCGAUCAGAACAUGAUGGCUGCUCUGAUGAGUUCCUCGUCCAUGAUUAAUGCGGGCGCCACCAUUGAAGAGGUGAUGCGAUGCAUGAAAGACGAGUUGAGCAAAAGCGAUCUCACCGAGGACGAGAUUCUUCACAAGACCAAGACCAUCAUGAAAGCCUUUGGCAAAGAGGACAAGUCCAGCUCCAUGCUCGACUUCUCGCUCGUGAGCAAGCAAUCCAACAGCGCUCUCAAACAAGCACAGAUCUCGCCCAAAGAGUUUGCCAAGUUGGUGCUGUGUCAAAGAAUCCUUGCCCAUUGUGGGGUGACCGCAGAAAAUCUGGCCAAGAUGAUGAUGGUUCAAAGCCAGUUGGUUCGAAGAGGAGCCCAAGCCCGCCACGUGGCCGAAGUCCUCGUUUCUGUAGUGGGCGAUGGAAUGAGCAAGGCCAAACAAGUGAGCGACUUCCAAAACCCGUGCCAAGAUGAGAAACUCAAGAAGAACGACGUGUUGAAUUCCGUCCGGAUCACGGAAGCUCUUGACAAUGAGAACGAACCCAGUUGGAAGGAGGUCAAACAGAUGAAGGAUAUCCUGAGUGGCGCUUCCACGAGCUCGGCUGAAUCGAUUGGGUUGAACCUGCAAAGAGCCUUGAAGGCCGCUCAAUUAUCCAAAAUGGACAUCGCCAACACCAUUCAAGCUCAAAAGGCCAUUUCAGCCUUGGAUCCAAACUCAGAAUUGGUGGCCAAGCUCAUGCUCAUCGAAAAGAACAUUGCCCAGAAUGGAGUGCCUCCCGUUGAAAUCGCUCGAGUUCUAGGUGAUGGUGUGAGGAGUCGCGAAGUGUUUGAUUUAUUGGCCGAGACUGCUCUCUCCGCUAUUGACAACGAUUUCAAAGCCAAUGACGUGGAACUCAUGGUCAAAGUCUACGAGCAAUUGGGCUUGAAAGGCAACAUCCCCACCGAGGUGAUCGAGCAUAUCGACCGGAAUCUGAUCCAAGUUCGAUGUUCCUUGGAGGAUGUGGCAGAGAAUCAUGUCUCAUCUGCCUUGUCCAGAGGUGAACGGGAGACCAUGAUUGCCCGUUCCUUGACGGAGGUCUUGAUGAAGACCGGGGCCAGCUUGGAAAUUGUCGUGUCCACCAUGUACACAGUACUCAAGAGGAAGAUGGAAAACAUCGACGAUUUGGAAAUGAUCAAGAUCAUCGGGAGAUCGUUGAUUGACGCCGCGGUUGAAUCUGAUGACUUCCUUCCGGCUUUGAAGAGCCUUCAAGUGGAUAACAUGGAGUUGAUCGAGGAAGAUCUCAUGAAAAGAGGCAUGGAGAUUCUCCUGAAGGAGCUCCAAUUCUUUCCGGAUGAGAUCCGACAGAAAAUUGACGUGGUUUAUCCCCCACCUCCUCCAGUGGAGAAGGUCCAAGCCGAAAAGGAUGAAUUGGACCUACUCACAGCGGACGAAAUAUUCGCCCGAUUUGCUAAAUCCAAAGGGGGCCCAUCAGACUCUCUGGAUUCAUCACGCAGAGGCUCGUUUGCUGGUAAGGGUGCCAAAAACCCAACGAUUUCCGUGGAAGGAGAGGAACCCAUGGAUGAAAAUAUGGCAAAGAUGUUGCUUCAACGGCAAAUGUCCUCGAGCUCUUCGAGAAGAGGAUCGUUCAUGAGCACAGAGACGACCAAGCGAUCUUCAGUAGCUUACGUUGUGGACAAGACGGCCGAUCAGCGUCUUUCCGGAAUGGUUGAAGAUGUUACCGAUGGUGAUGAGGCCAAUGGGGCUCUGAAUCCGGCAUCGCUGAAGCGCCUACAAGCAUUGGACCCAACCAAUCCCGCCAACGCAGACUUAACAGCCACUUGCAACCUUGCUAAGGAAGAGUUAUCCAAAGGUGGUUUUGUUAAUGAGGCAGGGGUACUUUGUACUGAAUCCGGACAACCAAUUCGAGGUCCAUCGGGUAGUCCGGUGACAAUGGAUGUGCUGGCUGCGGCAGCCCAGUCCAAUCCUCUUGUCACGGCCUCUGUCAUCCAGUCCCUGAACAAAUCCAACCCUUCUGCCGCAAGAUCCCUAGCACAGGUCAUUGACGCGAAUGAAGAGUCGGAUGAAGAAGCAACCGAUUUCCUCUCGGGGAUGGCCGAGGAUACGGCCUCCGACAUAGAUUACGAGGCCAUGUUGGCCAUGAUGGAUACACUGGACUCAAAACCGAAGAAGAAGAAAAAGAAGGGCAAGUCCGAAGACAAGUUGGCCAUGCUCUCGAAAAUGAUGAAAGGUGGAGCCAGGGGUCUCAAACUUCCCGAACCCAAGACUGAGGAACCCAAGCGUAUGAAACGAGUAGGCAAAGUAGACAAGCACCCGGAGAUCUUGCCAACUGAAGAGAAGAAGAUCGAGGCCACCAAGAAGUGGCAAGCCCCAAAACAGGGAGAGGCUCCUGAUCCUGAAGUGGUGAAGGCACGCAAGGCCCUUGCUAAGGCAGCCAAAGAGACUGGGUCGAGUGCUGAAGAACUAGAGCAAGCAGCCAUUGCUGCAGGGCUGACUCCAGACGAACUGGUGGCUAUGGCCACCAAUGAAGAUUCCGAGAAAAUGGUCAACCUUUUGGAGACCAUUCAGACCAUUCAAGAGGAAGUAGCUGAAGAAGAGGCUGAAGAGGCCAAGAGCUCGUCCGAAGCGAUGAAUUUGAAUAAGCAACACUCAGAGGCUCUUUUGGAAAGAAUGAGAGACCACGAUCAAAACCCAGAAGACUUUUUGGCCAGUCUAGACGAGGACGCGGCGGAAAAUGACCUUCAAUACCAACAAAUGCUUGAAAUGAUGGCGUUAUUGGACGAAGGUGGUGGUGGCAAGAAAAAGAAGAAGGGCAAAUCCAAGCUAGAUAUGCUCUCCAAAAUGAUGCAAGGAGGAGUCCGAGGAGCCAAAGGACCCCCAAGUAGCUCUGGAGAGGGUAAAAGAUUAAAAAGGGUGGGUAAAAUCGACGCAAGGAAAGAGCACAAUGGAGAGGAGGAGCACAUCAUCGAAGCCACAAGGAAAUGGCAGGGUGGACCUGGAUCAACGAAUGACUCCGAGAAGGAAUCCAAAGAGGCGCGAAAGUUCUUGGCACAAGCUGCCGCCAAGACUGGAACAGAUCCCAAGGUCUUGGAGGAAGCCGCCAUGGCUUCUGGUUUGAGCCCGGAACAAAUCCUGGCAUUGGUACAAUCCGAUGCAUCCGGCGAUGAAGCUGGUAACGUUGUCAGACUUCUGGAGUCAUUGGCCAAUUGUGAUGAAGAGAAUGGAGUUGAUCCAAUCCUAUUAAGUGAAGCCAUUUCUGAGGGAAUGAGCCUCGAAGAUCUCGCCCAAUUAGUUGGAGAUAUUGCACACAGUUCCGACCAACAGGGGUCAUCAUCAUCAUCAUGGGAGGGUAUGGGUCCAGGUAAACUUCCAGCCAAGUCAGAAGUAUUCCAGAGUGAGCAAACGUUACGAAAGGGGAAAGGCUUCCAUAGAUCCAAAGAUUUUAGCACUGAGACAGCCUUGAAAGAUCUCCAAAAAGGACACGAUGUGAGUCAGGUGCUAGAGAAGGCCCUUGAAAGUGGAGCAAGUGUUGAAGAGCUGGGAACCAUUCUCACCAAGGCUCAAGGGCAACCUAUUUCUCAAGAACAGUUCAGCAGUCUACAAUCCGUAUGUCAGGCCAUACAAGACGGCCAUUCCAUUGCAGAAUCGAUGUCCCACUUUGGCGCCCAAGGAGUAUCCAAAUCCGUGAUGGAAAACCUGUCAAAGACGGCAAGUCAGCUCAGUCCUAAAGCUUUAACUGAAGCAGCCAUUGCCCAAGGUGCCAAUGCAGAUCAAGUGGCACAAUUGUUGGCUCAAACUAACUGCUCACCACAAGAAGCUCAAGCUCUCCAAGCCAAGGCAAUCUUGGCCGGCCUUGAGUCAUCGAAAUUAACACCACAAGGAAAUAUGUCUCCCCAAAAGCUUCAGAAACUCAGCCAAAGCACUAAAACCCUUCCUCCGGAAGUUGCUGCUCAAGUUGCUCUGAAGGAAGGAGCUUCUCUCGAGCAAGCCCUCCAAUUGGCUCAAGCCCAAGGUGCCUCAGAGGCCGAAUUGACCAAGAUCAAGACACAAAUUGUGAAUCAGGGUCAAGUUUUGGCCGAUAAUUUGGGAUCGGAUGGUGGAAAUGGCCUCACGCAAGAUGAUCUUGACGUUAUAGCAGCAGCCACAAAUUCAAUGCCGCUUGAAAUGGCUAUGGAGGAAGCACUUAGUCAAGGCGCGUCCAUUGAACAAGCUCUUCAACUAGCGCAAGCUAAUGGAGCAUCCAUCAAACAGCUGUCACAAAUUCGUUCCAAAUUGAGUGCACAAACUGGUGUCGCCAAAUCUUCCGCAAUAAUGGAUAGCAUCACGGCUGCCCUUGAAAGUGGCACAGAUCCGGCUCAAAUACUGGAAACAGCUAGGGCCAAUGGCGCUUCAACCAGUGAGCUAUCUCAAAUUCGUGCGGCAACCAUACUUUCUCAAGGGGGUAAUUUGCAGGAUGUCAUUGAAGAGGCCAAGGCCCAAGGAGCAACUGCGGAAGACCUAGCCAAAAUUGUGGCCUCAGUGACCUCUGAGGAUAUUGGAUUUCCUAUUCAAGAUAAAUCUCACCAAGGAAAAGUCAGCGGGGCUUCGGUGACACAGGUGGCGCAAAAUCUGACCAACGCGCAAGGUCCUCAAGGACCAAGUAUUCAGGACAUGAUCCUAACCGCCAAGUCCAACGGAGCCUCUCCUCAGCAGAUCGCUCAAAUGGUGGCACAGUCCAAUGGACCAGAGUACAAAUCGCCUGAGGAUGUGGCACUCUUAGCCAAAGUCAUUGGACUCAAUCCUAAAGAGGCGUCCCUCAUGCAGGCAUCGAUAUCCAUUUCCCAAGGGGGUGACAUUUUAUCUGUGAUACAGAAGGCCAAGGCAAAUGGGGCAAGUGCCGGUGAAAUCGCCCAAUUGGCCUCAAUGGCAGCAGGUCAAGAAGGGGCGGAUGUCAAGGCAAUCCUGCAAGCCGCUGCUGCAGAAGGUGUUCCACCCUCUGGGCUUUCUCAAAUCAAAUCGAUUGCCUCCGUGUCUCAAGGAGCGAACCUAAGAGAUGUUUUGAAAGCUGCCAAAGCUCAAGGUGCGAACCAGGAGUAUAUUGCUCAAAUCACUGCAGCAGCUGCCGCUUCACAAAAUCUCUCAGCAAGUGAAUUGUUAGCCAUGGCCAAAGAAGUUGGAAUGAACGACAGUGAUUUGGAUGUGAUUGUUCAAUCAGUGCCCCCAGAUCUGUUUCAAACACAGAUAUCAAAGGCCGUUUCAGCCUUGGACCAAGGUGCUAAUCCAGACCAGAUUCUGAGCGCUGCUCGCGAUUCUGGAAUGCCAGACUGCGAGAUACUCAAACUGGAAGCCAAACUGGCCAUAACCCAAGGCAAAUCCGUCCUUGAAGUUCUAUCCAAGGCCAAGGCCAAUGGAGCUUCCACCGUGGAACUAAAACAAAUUGAAGCAAUGGUUAAAAGCACGACCGAUCCAAAUCAGAUGAUGGAAGCUGUGACGGCUGGCGUUCUCUCAACAUCAGAGCUGGUGGCUGCUCUGAGGAAAUCAGACCACGCCAACCAAGAAACUCUUUUGAAGACCGCCAUUCAAUUUGGUCUUUCUGACACAGAUCUCUCCCAGUUGGCCACAGCUGCUGGAGUGUCAAGAUCCGAGCUUCAGCAAAUGAAGUCAUUGGUCAACGAGACCACAGGUCUCACACCAAAACAGCUGGCCAUGGUUAGUGCUGACGAAAAGAACUCAACCCCACAACAAAUCGCGGCUGCCGCCAUGAAAAGUGGCGCAAACGUUAACCAGGCCUUGGAACUGGCUAAAGCACAGGGUGCCACCAAGCAGGAGCUUGAGGAAAUCCGAACCCAAAUGUCGUCUCUGGUUGCUCCAUCCAGGGCACCCAUCAACCCGGGACUGUCCAAAGAGACUCUUGCACAAUUGGUCAAGUCCAAUGCGGACACUUCAGAGGAAGAACUUGCCAAACUGGUAAUUGCUUUAGGAGCCACACCCGAUCAGAUUUCCGACCUGAUGGCAUCCCAAGGAGUGUCUCAACAAAUGUUGAACCAAAUCCAAUCCAAUGCUCAAGCAGCCCAAAAAGUCACCACUCAGCUGAACAAGGGCGUUACGGCUGACAAAUUAUCUCGGAUCCAACGGCGUUUGCACGGAUCUUCACCGGCAGAUUUAGUGGAGAUGUCUCUUAUUCAAGGAGCUAGUCCUGCUCAAAUACUGGAGCUCGGAAAGGCCCAAGGCUUCAACGCCAGCCAAUUGAAGGAGCUGCAGAGUGUGAUCCAGAAAACGGUCCAAGAAAUCAUCGACAAUGGAGGCAACAUCACCGUCCUUGGACUAGGUGGACAACAGAGCGCCAACGCAGAGCGUGGCAAUAAAUAUGAAGUCAAAGACUAUGGAUACCUUUUUGACACAUCCCUAAACAUGGGCUCAGACGUGGACCUUGACACGAUUAGAUAUCGGGUGGCUAAGCACGUUGCAGGCACUUCCAACUCAGGCAAAGGUUUUGUUACUUCCACAAACGUUACUGCGUCAAUCCCGAUUCCAAAUCAAGAAGAACCCCAUUUCGGUGGCAUUGGAUCAUACGAGGGAGAAAAAAGACCUCAGCUCAAACCAACCGUUAUAGAACAAGAUGAGAUUCCUAGGCAGAGAAAAACAUAUAAUGAUUCCAAGAGUGACAUCAAAGUGGAACGAGAUCAGAGAGUCGAUCGAUCCAUGGAUGAUGUGGAAUCCAGGAGUGGUACCCGGAUCAGGCAAUCCAACCAAGACUCCAAGACCGAGUCAAAACAAGAGUCCAACGUGACAAAAUCGCCCAAGGUGGACCAGAUCCAAAUCGCCAAAGAGUCCAAUGGUCAAGUCAAGGUUGCGAAGCCCAAGAAGGAAACUUACAAUCCUACACCCCAAAGACGGUCUGAAAAAGAUGCUUCCCCAAUCAAACGAGCUCGAGACCAAUUACAACCAUUCACUUCCAAACGACCUCCAGCGGAGAAGCCUGUUGCCUCUAAGGCUCGCGAGUCCAGGUUCCAGUGCGAAGAAGAGCCAUCGUCGACCAUCCAAAGCCGACGGAAGCUAACAAACUAUGACGAUGGUUUGGCCAGCAUUCGCUACCGAACCACUGAACCUAUUCAGUCUGACGCACCGUCAUAUAAAAGUUCUUAUAUUCCUACGCAAUACUCUGGCCUUGAUAAGAGUCUUGCGGCCAGGAAGCGAUCUCGGUUCCAACCUUUCAAUGACGGAGAAAACAAAGGAAUGUCUGAGGAUGACGUUAACCAAUUGAUGCAAGUCUUCAAGCAAGAGGGCAUCCUUAUCUCCAAGGACGGUGUCACCAAAUUCAGAACGGCGGAUGAUAUGAACGAAACGAUGGACGACACGGCUUUUCAAAAAGCGCUAACUGAAUUCAAUUCAAGAGACCAGUCUGAGAUAUCGGCAGAAAGCCAGAGACUCCUGAGCAAGAUGUUCCAAACCCAGACUGACAACAUUGCCGCAAUACGCGAGCGUCUCAAGGUUGUUCAAGACCAAGGCAUGUCCUCCAUCCAUUCUCGAUCCUACGACCUCUCAUCUGUCGUUGAUUACACUGCCUAUGGCUCCGGGAAGUCCACCUACGUUCCAAUGCAGUCGUCUGCAAGGGACUUCAGUAGUCCAGAACCGCAGGUGGUCCAACGGGGCCCAAGACAACGCCGUAUCGUGCCUCCUACGGACUCAUCAGACUACAGGCCCAAGUCUUGGAGGGACAUGAUUGACUUACCCGAGUAUAGAUCAACCAGAAAUCAGACCCCUUAUGACAUAGGGGUGCCGCGAUUGCCACGGACCCGCACUCCUACGCCUGUCCGCACUCUGAGCAAUGGUGAUCCGUAUAGCUCUAAAACUAAUUAUACCCCCACCUAUGUUCCAAGGAACUACAGAAACAGCUCUCCUGGUGCGGCCGCCCGGUCUGCUGCAACACCUGGUGUGGCGUCAGCUGAUAUGCGCCCUUCAAGAGAUGCAUUGCCAAAAGGCUACAACAAAAGACCCUAUUGGUGUCUUUUUGAAAGCGCUUCUCGCUCCCUGACCAGGUUCUUGAACAUUCCAGAGGAUGACCUCGUACGGUAUCGGAAACUGUUGCCGUACACUGGCACCCUGAGUAACAGCUCAAUUCUUCGAUCAGGGGUGCGGAGGAGAUUCCUCCUGAAAAGAGACCGUGAAGAAGAGCGCCGGGACCGCGAGGAGAGAACCCGAUUGGCCAAGUCCAUGGAGAGAGAUCUGGCCAGGAACUACCAAUCUCCAGUGAUGGUUUGCACUUCAGGCGGAUGUACCCGGGUGUUCCGGGUCAACCGGGAUGAGAGUGGUGAAGAGAGUGGUCGAACCAGUCGAGCUUCCAAUUAUUAUUGAUCUACAGACUAGCACGUUUCUGGAGUGGAAUGUCGUCAGCUGACGCGGAGAUUCGUGGAUAUUUUUUUGAAAAUAUGAAGAGUGGACCAUAUGUAGCCUUGGUUGGUGGGCACAUUCAAGUUUGAAAUCCUGCUCUGUAAGAUAAACAUGAGGAACAUUGUUGUGCAUCAAAAAUAAACAACUAAGGCAUUCAAUGCACACAAA